AAUCACCGGUGUUCCGUAGAUGACGGUCGUAUGAAACCCCGCUUCCGCUAAUCGGUCCGCGGUCGCCGGUCACCGGUUGCGUUCACAAAGUCGCUGACUCGCGCGGCGGACGCAUGUGUAGUGAGUUGUUAGACUGUCGCGACAUCGUACCGGUAAAAGUUAUUUAAAAUAAAAGUUAUUCUAAAUUUAAAAAAAUUCGUUGACUAAUUUUUGUGUGCAAUAUUCGAGUUUAUUUAUACGGAUCAAGUGCUGGCUGUUUUUUUUUUCGACACAGGAGCAAAAUUAUCAUUUAACCAAAGAGAGCCACCAAAACAUGGGAUUGUUAACUAUUUAAAAGAAUAAAAAGUAAAAAAAGUGAGUAAAAAUGUCCAACAUGGAAAUGAGUGUCGACAGUAAUAUGAACAAGACUGAUAUCAGCCAACAUAAGUUUGAGUUAAAAAACGGCAACGCUGACGUAGAAAAGGGGACAGUAGUGAAGGCUGGGUCUAAAAUCCCUUGGACGAAGGCGAUUAUAGCCAUGUUAGCGCUCGGUGUGUUGGCCGCCGCCUGCGCAGUAGCCUGGGUGUUCCAGGAUUGGCAGGCCAGUCUGCUAGUCCUCGCCAUCCUGACUAUUGUCUACUGCAUAGCCUUCUACUGGAGGUGGAUCUACGUCGCCAUCAGAACUGCGCCCAGGGAUUUCUCUGCCCUCUACUGCUACAUCAAAAUCCUGAGGCUGACGAAGAACUUCACGAAGAAGAGCUGGUCCAUGCCUGACAUCUUCCAUCAGCAGGUCCUCAAACAUCCUAACAAAGCAUGCUUCCUAUUUGAGGAUGAAACAUGGACGUUCCAGCAGGUAGAAGAAUACAGUUUAAGAGUCUCAGCAGUGUUAAAAGGCAAAGGAGUCAAGCGCGGAGACACGGUCGCGGUCAUGAUCGGGAACUGCCCCGAAAUGCCCUCCAUCUGGUUAGGAGCCACGAGGCUGGGUGCAGUAUGCCCGCUCAUCAACACCAACCAGACAGGCAACACUCUUCUGCAUUCCAUCAACAUCGCCAAGUGUGACGUCGUCAUCUAUAGCGACGAGUUCCAAACUGCAUUCCAGGACAUAUCAAAGGAGCUGAGCCCAUCCCUCAAAUUGUUCAAGUUCGUCCGUCGGCCACUCAACACUUCACCUGAUGCUGUGAAAGUCGUGGAAUCUGACGAUGACUUCACUGCAAUGUUAGAGAAUACUGCUCCAUUUACCUGGACUCCAUCCGACAGUGACGGAUUCAAUGGAAAACUCCUCUACAUCUACACUUCAGGAACCACUGGACUUCCAAAAGCAGCCGUUAUCUCAUCUUCACGUAUGGUGUUCAUGGCAUCAGGAGUCCACUAUCUGGGAAGUUUGCGACCGAGUGACGUCAUCUACUGCCCCAUGCCUCUGUACCACUCCGCCGGUGGUUGCAUCACAAUGGGCCAAGCCUUUAUAUUCGGCUGUACGAUCGCGCUAAGAACCAAGUUCUCAGCAUCCAGAUACUUCCCAGACUGCAUCAAAUACAAUGCGACGGCUGCCCACUACAUCGGUGAGAUGUGUCGCUACGUGCUGACGACACCGCCUUCCCCUACGGACACGCAACACAAAGUCAGAACAGUUUACGGCAACGGAAUGAGGCCAGCGAUAUGGACAGACUUCGUCAAACGUUUUAACAUCAAGAAAGUGGUUGAAUUCUAUGGAGCUACCGAAGGAAACGCGAAUAUCGUGAACAUUAACAACAAAACAGGAGCUAUCGGCUUCGUGUCUAGAAUAAUCCCAGCAGUAUAUCCAAUUGCUAUUCUCAAAGUGGACCCUGAUAGUGGAGAGCCUAUUAGAGACGACAGAGGAUUGUGUCAGUUGGCGAAACCGAAUGAGCCUGGUGUCUUCAUAGGAAAAAUUAAUCCAAACAAUCCUUCAAGAGCGUUCCUCGGUUAUGUCGACAAGGCUGCUUCAGAUAAGAAGAUUGUUAGAGACGUUUUUAAUUAUGGAGACUCCGCGUUCAUUUCAGGUGACAUCUUAACGGCUGACGAGCUUGGCUACCUAUACUUCAUGGACCGCACUGGAGACACUUUCCGGUGGCGAGGAGAGAACGUCUCCACGACUGAGGUGGAAUCUGCCAUCUCGAGGGUGGCAGACCAGAGAGAUGCUGUUGUUUAUGGUGUUGAGAUACCUAAUACGGACGGUCGUGCUGGUAUGUGCGGCAUAGUGGACCCCCAGGAGACACUGGACCUGGACAAACUGGCGAAAGACAUCGCUAAAGACUUACCGAAAUACGCGAGACCUGUAUUCAUUAGGAUUAUGGCUAGCGUUGAUAUGACGGGAACUUUCAAGAUGAGGAAAGUUGACUUGCAGAAAGAGGGCUACAACCCUUCAUUAGUGAAAGAUAAACUAUAUUACGCAGACCCCAAGACGGGCAAAUAUCUGCCCCUAGGAAACGAAGAGUAUGAAAAAAUUAUGUCUGGACAAAUUAGACUGUGAUUUUAAUUUUAUAAACAUUUACAAACUCAUUAUGAAGAUAUUAUUGUGCCUUUAUUUAAAGAAAUUUACUUAUACAAUAAGGAUGUGAUACUGUGAAGUGCAAGUUCUAGCUAGAUAUAAUUUUUAGGAAAAAAACUUAGACUUUUUUUAAAUUGAUUUCUUCAACAUUUUAUGUUGAAGAACGUGACAUUUGUGUUUAUUUUUUUACGUAAUUUUUGUAGGAACUAUCAAAAUCAUAUAAAUGAUUAAAUUGAGAAGCAUGAAUGUGAAGUUAAAAGGUUGAUUUCGUGUAGAUAAGUAUGUCCUACCUGCCUUGUAAUUCUAACUAUUUUAUAAGGACCUAUUAUAUUAUGUAAUUAUUAUAAUUAGUAAAGUAAACUGAUAAUUUUAUUGUGACACAAUAAGCAGGUAUUAUUGAUGUUGCCCCUUUGGGAGUUAUGCUACCGCUAGUCGGUACCUAAUGCGCAAUAGGCAGGAGAAAAUCACAUAUGAAAAUCAGCUCAAAUGACAGUAAACUGUUUUAAAUUAGUUAAUUAUUUAAUACAACAAUUAAUUUAUUAAGGUGGUGUACCUAUUAUCUAAUUUUGUAAAUGAAUCAUGAUAAAUAAUUAUGUUUUUGUUAAAUACACAAUUGUGGAAUGUAAUUUAAGUGACUAUAUUUUUAUGUUUAUUUUUAGACGGACAAAUGGUUUCUUUAAUUAAGCAAUAAAAACAUUCAAAUUGUAA